UCUCUCCCGUUCCUUGGCAGGUUCUAUAUGAGCUAUGCUCCAGACGAGGAAGGGAAUUUUGGUGGUCAGGGAGGCUAUGGGUAUAAAAGUUUCGAGAAGUUUAUCGACGCUAUCACUGCCCUCAACGAAGGACAGGUGACUCUCGACCAACUCGACCACCGCGGACUACCAACCCUAAAGAACACUAUUGCGACGACUGCAAUCUUGCAUGCUGGUCGGAUCUCCUUAGACGAACAGCGUUUUGUUGAAAUCCUGAGGGAUGGGGACACAUGGACAUUAAAGUAG